AAUUGCUCAAGGUAACCUGAUUAAUAAAUGGUAAAGCAGGAAUAUAUUAGAAGGUGAUGAUUACUAAAAGCAAUAAAAAGUACAGCAGGUUAAAAAAGUACAUUUUUUCUUUUUUGAGGAAGUGAAAUAAUAUUGUCUUAAUCAUAAGUGAGGUGUAGAUGAAUGAAAAGUUAAACAAAGAAUGGGGUAUUCUUUGUUGCUUAUUCUCUUUCUUAGAAAGACCCAACUCUUCCUCAUUUUUGUAUUUCCUCUUCCCAUUGUGUUCACAGGAUUACACAAUCUUUCCCACAGCCUCUUGAUUCAAAGCCAUUACUCAGCCAACGGGAGGCUGUUCCCCCUGGAAAUCUACCACAGCGUCCUGAGCGGCUGCCAAUGAGUGACACUUUCACUGACAACUGGACUGACGGCUCGCAUUAUGAUAACACAGGGUUCGUUGCUGAGGAAACAACAGCUGAGAAUGCCAACAGUAAUCCUCUUUUAAGUUCAAAAGCUAGAAGCGCAUCUUCUCAUGGACGCAGGCCUUUGAUUAGGCAGGAUAGGAUUGUUGGUGUUCCCCUGGAACUUGAGCAGUCUACACACAGACACACGCCAGAAACAGAAGUGCCUCCUUCCAAUCCUUGGCAGAAUUGGACCAGAACCCCUAGUCCUUUUGAAGAUAGGACUGCUUUUCCUUCCAAAUUAGAGACAACCCCCACCACCAGCCCCUUGCCUGAAAGAAAAGAACAUAUAAAAGAAUCUACUGAGAUACCUAGUCCUUUUUCUCCAGGAGUACCUUGGGAGUAUCAUGAUUCCAAUCCCAACAGGAGUCUUAGUAAUGUCUUUUCUCAAAUCCACUGCCGCCCAGAAUCUUCUAAAGGUGUUAUUUCAAUUAGCAAAAGCACAGAGAGGCUUUCCCCACUAAUGAAAGAUAUCAAGUCCAAUAAAUUCAAAAAAUCACAGAGUAUUGAUGAGAUUGACAUUGGUACAUACAAGGUUUAUAAUAUACCAUUAGAAAACUAUGCUUCUGGGAGCGAUCAUUUGGGAAGCCAUGAGAGACCAGAUAAAAUGUUGGCACCAGAGCAUGGUAUGUCCAGUAUGUCUCGAAGUCAGUCAGUCCCGAUGCUGGAUGAUGAGAUGCUCACUUACGGCGGUAGUAAAGGGCCACAACAACAAAAAGCUUCCAUGACGAAAAAAGUCUAUCAGUUUGACCAAAGCUUCAAUCCUACAGGAGCGGUGGAAGUUAAAGCCGAAAAGAGAAUACCACCCCCUUUUCAACACAAUUCUGAGUACGUGCAACAGCCCAGCAAAAACAUCGCCAAGGAUUUGGUUAGUCCUAGAGCUUACAGAGGAUACCCACCCAUGGAGCAAAUAUUUUCGUUUUCUCAGCCAUCUGUUAAUGAGGAUGCUGUGGUAAAUGCCCAGUUUGCAAGCCAAGGUUCCAGGGCAGGCUUCUUGAGAAGAGCCGACUCCCUGGUGAGCUCCACAGAAAUGGCCAUGUUUAGAAGGGUCAGUGAACCUCACGAGCUGCCUCCGAGUGAUAGGUACAGCAGACCUCCGUAUAGAGGAGGUCUGGAUCGCCAAAGCAGCGUUUCAGUGACUGAGUCCCAGUUCCUGAAAAGGAAUGGCAGGUAUGAAGAUGAACACCCUUCAUAUCAAGAAGUGAAAGCUCAGGCGGGAAGUUUUCCAGUUAAAAACCUUACCCAGAGAAGGCCAUUGUCUGCAAGAAGCUACAGUACAGAGAGUUACGGUGCCUCCCAAACCAGGCCAGUUUCAGCUAGGCCUACAAUGGCAGCUCUUUUGGAAAAAAUACCAUCUGACUAUAACUUGGGUAACUAUGGUGACAAGCCAUCAGAUAACAGUGAUAUAAAGACGAGGCCUACUCCUAUGAAGGGAGAGGAGAGCUGUGGUAAAAUGCCUGCAGACUGGAGACAACAGCUGCUUAGACAUAUAGAAGCUAGAAGGUUAGACAGGGUAUGUUUGGCAUUUCUCUGUAAGAAUAUCCCUCCUGCCUUUAGUUUAACUUUAUUGGCAUCUCUAAGCACAUGUAGUGAAGCAUGAACUACGUGAAUGAGUAGAUGAUUAGCAUUUUAUUUACCUUUAUAUUGUGGGGAAAUUGAUCUUAAGUUUUUCAUGGAUAUUGCUUAAUGCUGAGAAUUCGUAACAUAUAGGUGAAUUAUUUCUCAAAUCUAGCGUAAAUAUUGUCGGUAGGAAAGAAUUCAACUCUAUGGGAUGAGAUGGUGCUUCAAUUGCUUUCUAGCCAUAAAGGUAAAAUGCCUCCUCUAGGGUACAGAGCCGUUCUCUAGUGACCAAAGGAGUCUGACUUUACUGAAUCUAUAAAAAGUGAGUGUUUCUCCCUGUUCUGCACAGACUCACUUAUAUUUAAGUCAAGCCUAAUUUGUUUAUAAGAUUUGCACAUAGUUACUGCUAUGGGACUACUAACAUUAUUACUUCUAAUGAACAAUAAUCUUCCCAGCAAGAAACAGAAAAAUAAAAUAAGCAGAGAUUGAAUGCCCUCCCACACAUUAUUUCAUUUAAUAAAAACCCUGCCAUUUAGAAUGUUGGUUUUUAUAUGGAAGGAAAUAUU